AGUUGUUGAAUUUUUAGUUAAAAACUUCAUCGAUAAAAAAAAAGGUCUUACACCUGGAGAAGUAGCCUUGCUUGCAAACCUACUAAGUUACCAUCAACAAGAUUCCAAAGUGCAGGAUCUGCAACAGGCUUUGGAAGAAGCAUGGGGUGGUGAUGACUACAAUUACACCCUGUUGCUCUCAAGUGGAUAUGAAAGGGUGUCAGAUCAUAUUUUGGUUGACUUUUCUUGGCAGGGCAGCCAUUUCUUCCGUGACCAUGGAUCUGUUCACUACUGUGAGCUGAUAUCAUACUGGAUACUAGAAGGAUAUCUUAGUCCUUUUAACAGUCUUGAGGAGGCUUAUGAGGAGGGGCACCGCGUUUUGAUGCAGCUUAUGUACUGUCAAAUGCUGAAAGAAGUAAGUGAUGAUUUCCUCCAAAUGGUCAGCGGAACUGUACUUAUUAACUAUCAUCGUCAGGGAUAUGGUGGAAUAGCUAAUCUGGGGUUUGCUAAUGUUCUUGUGAAUAGUAAUUAUUGUCAUGGUAUUGGAAAAGUCACUUUGAUGGAUGGUGUGAUCAGAACACUUGUCAAUCAUAAAAAAGUGCAGCCAUUAAAAGUACUUUUACUUGACGGGAGUGGUCUCAGCGGGCAAGAUCUGAAUAGUCUCCUACUGAACAAUCAGGAGCUGCAAAUUCUGGGUCUUUUCAGCCUCAGAAUUACAUCAUUGCCAUUUGCCUCGUUGCUUCUGCGACUUGAAAAAACUGAACAUUCUUGUGCUCAGGGACUGUGAUUUCUUAGAAAAGAUUGAUGAAAUUGCAGAGCUAAUGACAUUAACUGUCCUUGAAGUAUCUGGUUCUUGCUUGAUAGAAAGUAUACCAGAUAACUUUUUUCAGCAAAUGACCCAACUUCGUUCCCUCCACUUCUCUGACCUUCAGAUUCAAGUCUUGCCUAAAUCUUUUUAUGACCUUACAGAACUCCGCUGGCUUAUUCUAAAGGGCUUGUCUCAUUUGACAGAGUUGAAGAGUCUGAAGAAAUGUCAAAAACUUAUGGUUGUUGAUCUUUCUGGUGCUGCCUCCUUGCCAACUUUUCCAGAAAAGAACUUGAAAUCAUUGCCGAAACUUCAAACUUUAAAUCUUUCAAACACCAAGAUCAAAUCCUUGCCUAUUCUUCAUGAAACCAAGGAGCUUACUCAUCUAUCAGUUAGUGGUUGUCGCAACAUGGAUAGACUGCCCAGCAUUCGGUCUCUAACUAAUCUGCAAGUUCUCGAUGUUUCAUGGUCAGCGAUAAUGGAUUCCCAGGACAAGUCAUUCGAAAUUAAUAGCAGUCUGAAGAUCCUUGACUUAUCUGGAACUGCGAUUCCUUGGGUACCUUUUAACAUCAGCAAACCUUGUGCCUGUAAUCUUGUCAAAAUCGAAGCAAAGUUCUUUGAUUGUUUAGAAAAACUUCGAGUUCUCAACCUGUCAAAAACAAAAGUCAAAGAUCUGCCAUGCCUUUCUCCUCUCAAAAACCUCCAUCAGCUGUUACUUUCAGGUUGUCUGAAUCUGGAGAAGUUGCCGAGCUUGGCUUCGAGAAAGCUGGAAGAGCUUGAUCUAUCGAACUGCCAAGCUUUGACCAUGAUAGAAGAUGUAUCUUUUCAGCAUCUACCUCGCCUUCGGCGACUUAUCCUCUCCAAUGCUGAGAUUGAACGCUUACCAGACCUCAACUCCCUGUCAAAUCUUGAGGAGCUAAAUUUGAGUGGUGUUAUAUCAAUUGAAAGAGUUGAUUUCAUUGAGCAUAUGAGUAAACUUCAGCAUCUAAACCUCUCUGAGACCUUACUUGAACAGCUACCCAGCUUAUCAAAUCUCAAAGGCCUUAAGCAUCUGUUUUUAAGGGCCUGUCAACAACUAGAGGCUCUUCCCCCCUUAGAAGUACAUCACAACCUUGAGACUCUUGAUCUUUCACAAACAGCAAUAACGCAAUUGCCAUUCUUAGGCAAUUUGAGCAACCUGCGCACUCUUUUGCUUAAUGACUGUCCAAGCUUGGAAGACUUUGAAAACCUCGAGAUGCUUCACAUAUCUCAAGUAGAAAAUCUCCCUUGUGGAAUCUCAAAUUUGACUCAGCUGCAGUGUCUUGCUUUGCCCAGUAAAAAGAAAAAUAUUCAAGCUGCUGAUAGCAACAAGGUAACUGGCUGGCACCAAAAGCCGAGUGAAUUACAUUGGUCAUUUUCGAUUGUUGAUGGAAUGGUAUCAAAUACUGGCAGAGCUUUAAUAUCGUAUAAUGAUUCACUAUUUGUUGAAUUCCUGGGCAGCAAUCCUUCUUUAUUGGAUACUACCUCAAAUCAUUUACUUAUCUCUGUUCAUCCUAUUGAGGUGCAAAAUGGAGCAGAAGACUUGGUUCUCUGUUUAAUAAAGAGUUACAGUUUUCUGCAACAUUAAGUUCUCACCUUCCAAAACGGCCAAAACCAGCUAUGAAUGCCCAUUCCUAGCGUCUCCGUUUACUCUGUUUUCUUUUCAAUAUUUGCUCCUACUCUUCAUUUGUAAUAGUUCCUCCAUCUUCCUUAGGCAAUCGAUUGCUCAUACUUCACACGCCUUUGAUCAUCUGAUGGAUCUGGAAUAUCGCUUGUGAUGGUCCCCACUGAAUCCGUAAUUUUUGCUC